AUGUCAUACGACUAUGCCGGCUAUCACCGUUAUCAACGCUUGUCCUAUGAUCAGCCACCACCCAGGUACAGGCGUGAACCCUACGGUCCGCCGCAACCUCACCGAAUGGGGUCUGUCCAGACACGCCUCCCCACUUAUUGGGAUCCGCCCCGACAACGAACCGAUAACUGUUAUCCACCACCGUAUCGUGAUCCAGGUAUGGUCCCGGAUUCAUACGUCGAGCCGCGAAACUCCUACGCCCGAUAUCGGCCGUGGCAGCCUCAAUAUCACCCUCGUCCAGCCACCAAAGCGGAGGACCCGAUUAACGCAAAGUUAGACCGCUUAUUGGAAGCAUUUGACAAGAUAGAUACUUGGUUCGAUGCCAAAAAUCGCCGGUUUAGCAAAUUCCGAACGUUACCGCAGCCCGAGCCUGAUCUUGAUCAGCCCCAUGUUUCUGCACCACUCCGAAAGAUGGCAUAUCCUCCAUCAAGAAAUAAUGAGGAUUCUUUUGGGCCUUCGCGUUUAGUCCCCAAUGAAUCAACGGCUCCACCAUGCUACCGCACCAAAUCCGAUCAAACCCCAGCGCGUCAGCCUUCGUGUUGGGAACCCCCUCUAAUGGCCACCCCUGCUGUAGACCAGAUCCACCAACCCUACCAGCCGCCACUGCCGCUGCCGCGAUCAAAUCACCCGCCGCAGUCGAGUCCAGCACAGCCCUUGGAGCUGCCACCCUAA